UUAUUUGAAUCCCUCGUGAACUAGGGCAACAAACUCGUGCUCUAAGUAUUCACACAAAACCCAUCUUAAUUACAUUAUAUGCUUUACUCUCAUUUCAUUUCCUAAAUAUCAUUUCUUCCCUCAAAAUCAACUCUCCUUCAAGCAACCAUGUUUCGCAUAGCAUCAAAGAUUUCAUCAAGAAUCUCUCCCAAAGCCCUCGUUUCUCUCACUGCAAAACCUUCUCCCAUUUCAUUCAGGUCAUUCAACACUGGCUUGGCGUUGGAUAAAAGCCUAGCUAUCGAUGAUGUUGUUCGGAUGAGCGCAUACGCUCUGAGACAAGCUAGGUCUGAAAAAUCAGUUGGAUCAUACGGUAUGGGUUAUUUGGUGUUGAAGCAUUGUCUUACGACUGAGUUAACGGAAGGAAAUGACCCAAAACAUGAGAAUUCCAAAGGGAUUGCUUUGCUGGCUAUGUCUACAUUGUUUUCUGAAAGAGGAGAUUAUGUUGAUGCAAUUGAGCAGCUCGACGGUGUUCAAGAAUUGACUAAUUCUUACUUGGGUAUUAGAGUUGCUGCCUUUGAAGCUCAGGCUGGGCUUCAUCUAGAGUUGGAACAGGAUGAUAUGGCAUCUGCAGUGGCUGAUAAAUGUAUAGAGCUCGUGGAGAAUGAGAAAACAAAAGAUUUUGAAGCUCUGAAUGUUCGUGCUAGAGCGCUAAAAGGGCUUAUUGAACUUGUCAAGGGAGAUAUUAAAUCAGCUGAACCUUACUUUGACAAAUCUCUACGCACCAAGCUAUGUGAAGGCACUGCUGCUCUAUCAUACGCUGAGUUCCAACAAACAAGGCAGAACUACUCAAUGGCAAAAGAGAUUUACCAGAACGUUAUAGAGGGAGCUGCCGACCUUAAAGAGAGUGGCAAUGUAUACUUAGGAGGUGGUAACAUGAACAUGGAAGGAUUAAUAAUGGGGGCCAUGUGUGCUUUAGGACAGCUUGAAUCACAUUUGGGUAACUUCCGUAACGCAGAGGAGCAUUUGACAAAGGCAUUAACUAAGGCAGAAGAGAUCUAUGGAGAAAAACAUCCCAAGGUGGGUGUUGUAUUGACAUGUAUGGCUCUUAUGUAUAGGCGUAAAGCAAUUGAUCAGAAAUCAAGUUCGCUUAUGGUUCAAGAGGGUCUCUACAGAAAAAUUUCAGGGAUUUUGAAGUUUCCAUCAGCUGAAACUGAAUCCGAAGGUAAUACUGCUGCUGCACCAACAGUAAAAAAAAGUGAUAUAGUGACUCGAAGUGAUAUAGUGGCUCUUGCAAGCGGUGGAUAUGCAGAAGUACUUAAUGUCCAAGAAAAGAGAACGGGUGAAGGAGAGAAGCUGAAGAACUUGUCUGAUUCCUCAUGGAAAAACAACAGGAUGUCUCUGGAGGAUUAUCUAGGAAAUACAGAAGCAAACUUAUGUCCGGUUAUCGAUGCUCGCAUUUGCAGGCUUCUGUAAAUUGAUCCAUCUACUGCUGUAGGUUUAGGUUGGACUACUGAUAACUGAAAAAAAAAAGGGCUAGUUUUGUGCAAAAUUAGCUCAUGGUGUUUUCUUGUAGUUAAAAUGUUAUGAUGGCAUAUACAAUGGUAAUCCAUUGUCACGUGCAUAACAUUUCUAAACUGCAUAAUGACUUGUAAAGUGGUAACUAUGGUGAAGUAUCAGAAGAAUUCUAUAUGGAAGAAGUAGCAAUUUAUUACACUAUUUA